AUGCCAGAAAUCGUGGACGACAAGUCGCAACAUUGCAUCCCAUUUCUACUGGAGCGCUUGCGCAUCCAUACCGAACGGCACGCCAAUGCCGACGGUAAUACCCCGCCGUUCUUUCUGGGGCUCAAUGGCGUGCAGGGCGCCGGCAAGACCGUGUUGGUCUCAACCUUGCAAAAUACGCUCCGCUCCGAGCCGUACUCGCUCUCCGUGGUGACAUUAUCGUUGGACGACAUCUAUCUGACCCACGCCGAUCAGGUUGCCCUAGCACAGGCGCAUCCCACGAAUCCUCUCCUACAGCACCGUGGUCAACCCUCGACUCAUGAUCUUGCGCUAGGUGAGCAGGUCUUUGCUUCGCUCGCGGCGGAGCGACCGACGGCUAUUCCACAGUAUGACAAGUCUGCCUUUGCCGGACAAGGCGACCGUGUCCCUCAAUCGCAAUGGGAGGUUGUGAAUUCCGACGGCCAGAAGAAAGUCAAAGUGGUCAUUUUUGAAGGAUGGUGCGUCGGUUUCCGCGCCUGGGAUGAUGAGACUCUUCGCGCCAAGUGGGAGGAUGCAGUGCGACAAAAGGAAACCGGCGACUACCAAGGGCGAUUGGGACAUGUCAAGUUUGAGGACGUAAAAACAGUGAACGACGCAUUGAAGCAAUAUGAUGCUUUGACAGAUAAACUCGAUGCACUGAUCCACAUUGACGCCCAGAAUCUCCGAUUUGUCUACGAAUGGCGACAGGAACAAGAACGUACCUUGCGCGCGGCCAAGGGCACCGGCAUGACCGAAGAACAAGUCAAUCAUUUCGUGGAUGGCUAUUAUCCUUCUUAUGAACUCUUCACUGAAACUCUCCGCGAGGGGGUCUUCAAGCCGAACAAUACAUCUGCGGAAACAUCGGACUGGCAGGGUAGACAGCUCCGCUUGGUGGUGAACCGUGAUCGGAGGGUGCAGGAAGUCAUUCAGAUUUGA